CCUCGUAAUGUGUGAAACAUGCGUCUUCCUCUAAUUGCAUCCAACUGGGCUUUGUAACUUCAGAGAUUGCUUGUAUGGUUAAUCGCAGUUACAAGAAAAGAUUAUACCAUUAUAAAAAUAGUAUAAAAACAGGAUAUGCUCAGCUCAAAUCAAAAUAAAAAAAAAAAUAUUUUCUGUUAUGGUAGAGAUUUGACAAUCGGAGUCUGUGAUAUAUGUUUUUCCUCUCUUAUGUUUCCUUUAUUUGUGACUUAAAUCCUCUAGCAGUGUUUGUUAUAACUUUGUUUUCCAUUUCAUUACAUAGCAGUGUAGGCUUAUGUAUUGUAUUAUGAUGCUUGCCUUCAUGUCAUCAUUAACAUUUUCUAUCUUGCGACUAGUAGACAAUGUGCGGUCAUGUUUUGCUUGCUUACCUUUAAUAAUUGCCUUCUCUUCUUUGUGUCUAUAUCGACUCAAUCCAUGUCAUAACAUUAGGCCACUGCAACUUGUCUGAACGCAUGUAUUGAGGAUCUGACUUCUUUGCCUAAACUAUACCAUAUAUCGUAUAUUAUAGCUUUGUUUGGAUCACUUUCUACACAUGUAACAUUAUUCAACAUCACAUAAAAACGUGGAAACAAAGCAAACUUGGACGUAUAUGGUUUACACCAAAAUGUGGACAUACUACAUUGAAUAUAGGGUAGUCUCGUUACUAUGCAUGGGUAUAUUGUAUAUUUUCAAGCCCCUUAUGAAUAAACAAUUACCAAUUAUUGUGACUUUGUGUGUGGCAGAACUUAAAUAGACUACAUAGACUAUAGAAUAAUAUUGCCUCUGCGUUUUUUUCAUAACCCAACAUGCGGGCACAAUUUAAGCACAUGUGUUUUUAACUUUACUCCACUCCCACACACACACGCUUGCAGGGUUAUUCUUGGCAAUAUUGAGCGUAACUAGUCCCAUCAGAGACUUUCCACUGUAGAAUGGCUAUAAGCUUAAUAUUAGGGUCCAAUAUGAAUAUUCACCAAAUUCACCCAUAAAUAUAUCCUAAAAUAAAAAAUCUAAAUAAUAAAACUUUUGUAAAUUAAUAUCUCUAUAAAUUAAUAAAAUUUCAAAGUCCCAACAUUAUUAAUUUAUAGAGGUUCUAUUGUAUUUCAAUAAAAAUAUAAGUUAAAUAAUAUAUAGUUUUCAAACUAAAUCAAAUUUUACACCAAUAAAAAAAUGAAUUAAGCUAAAUGAUAUAUAAACUGUUGUAUUUUGCUUAUGAACUCAAUUUUGAAAAUAAAAAAAAAUAAAAAAAAUGUAAUUAUGUUCACCCUUUAAUUAUUUUUAUUAUGAUAAGAAGUGUUUAUAGGAAGAAUAAACAAUAUAGUCCAAAAUUGAUUAGCAAAACUGCAAAAAUGAAGAAAUACAGAGAAAAUUUCAUGUUUACCACUUUUAUGGUACCACUUUUCAUCUUUACCACCACUAAAGUGACAUUUUCAAAAAUACAUUUUUCAUUAAGAAGAAAAAUACUCUUAUAUCCGUGUUAUAUAUAUAUAUAUAUAUAUAUAUAUAUAUAUAUAUAUAAUAAAUCAUUAUUUAAAUAAAUAAAAAUAAAAUAUUUGUAUAAAUAUUUGUUUUUGAAAUUUUUUUUCGAAUUUUUCUUUUCAAAAUGUCUUUUUGAAAACCAAAAAUUAUGUUUGAAACUGUUUUUCAAAAUUUUUUUAAGUAUUUAUUUAUAUUUUUAUUAGAUACCUAAAUUCUGCAUUCCAAAAAUCCUAUCUCACCAUUCAACUCUAAAUUGUAAGUCUAAAUAAGGUAUAAAUAUAUUAAAAAUGAGAUAAAAAUGGCUAGUGUAAACAUGAAAAAAAUGGUAUUAUCAAUGUGCUAUAUAGGGCAAGUCAAAGAUCUUAUUGAAACAGAAUCUCCGAACAUAUAUGAAUCCAUUAGUUCACUCAAGAAACAAAAGCCCUAAGUUAGCCGCAGCCUCCAGAAUAUCCAAUACACAAUGUCUAGAAACGUUGAUUGGUCUAAGCUCUGCCCUGAUCUAUUACGAUCAAUCUUCGAAAGCUUGAGCUCUUUGGAUUUUCAUCGAGCCAAAACCGUUUGCUCAAACUGGUACACCGUUUCAAGAACAUGUCCUCUCUAUCCAUGGCGAAUCGUAUUACAAGGUCAGAACUCUCUUUUGUAUGAUCCCAUUCAAGAUAAAGUCUACCACAAAAACCUUCUUGGAAUCGACUUGUCCGAAGUCCAUUGUCUCGCCAGUUACAGCAACUGGCUUCUACUCGUAGAUCCUUGUCUACAUUUCCAUCUCUUGAAUGUGUUUACUAGCGAAACAAUCAGUGUUCCUUCAUUAGAUUCAUCACUUGGUGAUAGUCCUUAUAGAUUCGUACGAAACGACCUAUAUGAAUGCUUCCUUGAGCUCUACGGCACCAAGUUUCUUGUGAGUUGGGACGAUUUUAAGUUCUCAAAGACGGCUGUCUUGUGGAUAAACGAGAGAAAUGGAGAUUUCGUCGUCGCAUGGGCUAUCAAACAGUUCUACAUCUUGUCAUACAAGAAAAUAGCAAAUGAUGGUGAUAAAGGAUGGCGUAUUACAUGCACACAGUGUGAAGACAUGGCUUAUAAAGACAACAAGCUUUAUGUCUACACCUUUGAUCAUUACAUCAACGUUCUUGAUUUCUCUGGAGAUUGUCCUAAAGAAACCAUAGAAGGAAACCAUUAUCUUAAUCAUCCUUUUCCCUUCGUUGAUACAAUAUAUAAGAUGAGGAUUGCUAUAGCAAACUCAGGAGAGGUUUUGAUUGUUCUGAGCUUGAAAGAGUUAAACAGAAAGUUUUGCAUUUGUAAGCUGAAUCUUGAGGUUGGAGAAUGGGAAAGAGUAGACUCUCUAGGAGAUGAGAUGUUGAUAUUUGGUCAUGGGGUUACAAUAAGGGGACCGGUUAAAGAUAGAGGGAUCAAGAGUGGUUCAAUAUGUUUCCUUGAUGAUGAUCAUUUGUCUGAUAAUUAUCUUGGGACGAGGAGAGAAGCAAAUUGUGGUGUGUUUGAUCUUGCAACAAGAACAAUCACUUGGCAUACAAGAUUAGAUGAUUGGUCUUCCAAGAUUUACUGGUUUGUUCCAGGACAGGCUUAGUCUUUAAUUAUCGUCUUUACGUGUAAGUCAAGUGGUACGUUUGAGAAACAACCACAUAACUCUUUUCUCUUUUUAUCAUCAAGUCUUUGGUUUUAAGGUUUAUCGAAAAUUUGACCUAAGUAUGUUUUAUCAUGGAUAGUUGUAGCAAUUGGCUAUUUAUUGUUGAUUCUUGUUUAGAUUUGUAUCAUUUGAAUGUGACUCGCGAAAGGAUCAAUCUUUCAUCGAUAUAGUUAUUGCUUCUUGGUCAAGCUAGCUUCCAAAGUAAAGACCAGUGGGAACGUUUUAGCGAGCGUAGUAUAUUGAAGCCCACACUGAAGCCUAUCUUAUGAUCCAUUAAGAAGCUUAUGUAACUAUGUAACUAGGGUUUUAUAAACCACUAUAUAUGUCAUUAGAGUGCUUGCUAGUAUGUAACUUUGGUUGCCAUAGUUGCAGCCACAUUAAACCCUUUUUAUGAUAUUAAUCUAUCUUGUUAGCUCUUGGUGACAACUCUCAAGUUUCCUCUCUUUAGUUUCUUUAUCAUUCAAUAAAGCUCUAUGAGCUAUUAGUC